GCUUUCUCCACAGGCCUGGUAGCUUCAAUGAGCAUGGCUACCACCUCUUCCAGGCUAUGCGGCUUGGGGUUGAGGAGAUAAACAACUCCACGGCCCUGCUGCCCAACGUCACCCUGGGGUACCAGCUGUAUGAUGUGUGCUCUGACUCUGCCAAUGUGUACGCCACGCUGAGAGUGCUCUCCCUACCAGGGCCACGCCACAUAGAGCUCCAAGGAGACCUUCUCCGCUAUUCCCCUAAGGUGUUGGCGGUGAUUGGGCCUGACACCACCAACCGUGCUGCCACCACAGCCGCCCUGCUGAGCCCUUUCCUGAUGCCCCUGAUCAGCUAUGGGGCCAGCAGCGAGACGCUCAGCGUGAAGCGGCAGUACCCCUCCUUCCUGCGCACCAUCCCCAGCGACAAGUACCAGGUGGAGACCAUGGUGCUGCUGCUGCAGAGGUUCGGGUGGACCUGGAUCUCUCUGGUUGGCAGCAGUGGCGACUAUGGGCAGCUAGGGGUGCAGGCACUGGAGAAGCAGGCCACUGAUCAGGGGAUCUGCAUUGCUUUCAAGGACAUCGUGCCCUUCUCUGCCCAGGUGGGCGAUGAGAGGAUGCAGCGUCUGAUGCGCCACCUGGCCGAGGCCACGGCCACCGUUGUGGUCGUUUUUUCCAACCGGCCGUUGGCCAGGGUGUUUUUCGAGUCCGUGGUGCUGGCCAACCUGACUGGCAAGGUGUGGGUCGCCUCAGAGGCCUGGGUGCUCUCCAGGCACAUCACUGGGGUGCCCGGGAUCCAGCGCAUUGGGAUGGUGCUGGGCGUGGCCAUCCAGAAGAGGACUGUCCCUGGCCUGAAGGCAUUUGAAGAAGCCUAUGCCCGGGCAGACAAGGGAGCCCCUAGGCCUUGCCACAAGAGCUCUUGCUGCAGCAGCAAUCAGGUCUGCAGAGAAUGUGAAGCUUUCACGGCACACACGAUGCCCAAGCUCAAAGGCUUCUCCAUGAGUUCUGCCUACAACGCGUACCAGGCUGUGUAUGCAGUGGCCCAUGGCCUCCACCAGCUCCUGGGCUGUGCCUCUGGAGUUUGUUCCAGGGGCCGAGUCUACCCCUGGCAGCUUUUGGAGCAGAUCCACAAGGUGAAUUUCCUUCUACACAAGGACACUGUGAUGUUUAAUGACAAUGGAGACCCCCUCAGUAGCUAUAACAUAAUUGCCUGGGAUUGGAGUGGGCCGAAGUGGACCUUCACAGUCCUCGGUUCCUCCACAUGGUCUCCAGUUCAGCUAGACAUAAAUGAGACCAAAAUCCAGUGGCAUGGAAAGGACAACCAGGUGCCUAAGUCUGUGUGUUCCAGUGACUGUCUUGAAGGGCACCAGCGAGUGGUUACAGGUUUCCAUCACUGUUGCUUUGAGUGUGUGCCCUGUGGGGCUGGGACCUUCCUUAACAAGAGUGACCUCUACAGAUGCCAGCCUUGUGGGAAAGAAGAGUGGGCACCUGAGGGAAGCCAGACCUGCUUCCCGCGCACUGUGGUGUUUUUGGCUUGUCAAGAGCACACCUCUUGGGUGCUACUGGCAGCUAACACGCUGCUGCUGCUGUUGCUGCUUGGGACUGCUGGCCUGUUUGCCUGGCACCUAGACACCCCUGUGGUGAGGUCAGCAGGGGGCCGCCUGUGCUUUCUUAUGCUGGGCUCCCUGGCAGCAGGUAGCAGCAGCCUCUAUGGCUUCUUUGGGGAGCCCACGAGGCCUGCAUGCUUGCUGCGCCAGGCCCUCUUUGCCCUUGGUUUCACCAUCUUCCUGUCCUGCCUGACAGUUCGCUCCUUCCAACUAAUCAUCAUCUUCAAGUUUUCCACCAAGGCACCUACCUUCUACCGCGCCUGGGUCCAAAACCAUGGUGCUGGCCUGUUUGUGAUGAUCAGCUCAGCGGCUCAGCUGCUUAUCUGCCUAACUUGGCUGGUGGUGUGGACUCCACUGCCCACCAGGGAAUACCAGCGCUUCCCCCAUCUGGUGAUGCUUGAGUGCACAGAGGCCAACUCCCUGGGCUUCAUUCUGGCCUUUCUCUACAAUGGCCUUCUCUCCAUCAGUGCCUUUGCCUGCAGUUACCUGGGCAAGGACUUGCCAGAGAACUACAACGAGGCCAAAUGUGUCACCUUCAGCCUGCUCUUCAACUUCAUAUCCUGGAUCGCCUUCUUCACCACGGCUAGCGUCUACGACGGCAAGUAUCUGCCCGCGGUCAACAUGCUGGCUGGGCUGAGCAGCCUGAGCAGCGGCUUCGGCGGGUAUUUUCUGCCCAAGUGCUACGUGAUCCUCUGCCGCCCAGACCUCAACAGCACAGAGCACUUCCAGGCUUCCAUUCAGGACUACACGAGGCACCGUGGCUCCACCUGACCAGUGGGGUCGGCAGGCAUAGCUGGUAGCUUUCUCUGUCCUGAGGGUGGAAGGUCAAGCAGGCCAGAGCUGUUUGGGAGGCCUUUGGGCACCUCAGUCUGGGGUUGGGACGUGUAAGCGCCCGGGAGAGCCCAGACCAGGCUCCGGGCUGCCAAUAAAGAAGUGAAAUGCG